AUGACUGAGACCAUCUACAAAUGUAACAAGUGUGACAAGACUUUCUAUACCCGCUCGGGCUAUCGCAAGCACCAGAAAAACCACGCCGAGGAUGACAGGAACAUCUGUGCUGACUGUGGUGAAGCCUUUGAAGACCAGACUACUUUCCAUCUACACAAGGAGGCCCACUUGAAGGACAAGCCCUGGGUUUGCACAGUAUGUAAAAAACGCUUCAGACUCCAGUCACACCUGGCAAAACACGAGAGGACUCACACGGGACAAAGACCUUAUAUCUGCAAGGAAUGCGGUAAAGAAUUCAGAAGAAAUGCCCAUUUGGCUUCCCACCAAAGAAUCCACUCGGGAGAGAAGCCUUAUUCUUGCUCUCAUUGCAACAAGUCCUUCAGCAGCAGGUCCAACCUCAUCUUACACCAGAGAAUUCAUACGGGGGAUCAGCCAUAUGCUUGUGUCAUAUGCGACAGGAGGUUCAGCAGUGGCUCCAGCUGCGCCAGACAUGAGAAGAGGCAUUCUGGGCGAAAAUCCUUUCCAUGUGGAGGCUGUGGCCUAGACUUUAGCAGUUGUGACAGUUAUACCAACCACUCUUGUGUUCUCAUUAGUUAA